UCUAAGGCAUAUGCAAUUUAUUAUAAUGUUGACAACUUCAUCAUGAAAACCUAACAGAUGUUUCGGCAUAACACGUGCUCAUAAACAAUAACAAAACUGAAACUAUCCAUACUCUGCAAACAUAAAGCUAAGAAAAUAAAUUUUAAGUGCAUUGGUUAACUUUAAUAAAAUAAGCGACUUUUGUUAUUGACUUUCGAAAAACGCGUUUAAUUACAAAAAAUGAAACGUUUAAGUGACGAAAGGGCGAAAAUCCUAUUCGAAAAACUUGCAAAAUACAUUGGCACAAACAUUAAACAAUUAAUUGAUCGACCCGAUGGCACCUAUUGUUUUCGAGAACAUUUCGAUCGUGUUUACUACGUAUCAGAACGUAUACUAAAAAUGGCUGAAUCGUUUGGUCAUAAAAAGUUAAUUAGCGUUGGCACUUGUUUUGGCAAAUUCUCGAAAACUAAUAAACUAAAAAUUCACAUUACAGCCUUAUAUUAUUUGGCCCCAUAUGCUCAAUAUAAAAUUUGGCUAAAACCAUCAUUCGAACAACAAUUUCUUUACGGAAAUCAUAUACCGAAAUCGGGUUUGGGUCGUAUAACAGAGAAUGCCGGACAAUAUCAAGGUGUUAUGGUUUACAAUAUGAACGAUUUGCCGUUGGGCUUUGGUGUGUUGGCACGUUCUACUACAGAUUGCAAAACAGCAGAUCCCUUAAUUACUGUUUGUUUUCAUCAAUCAGACAUCGGGGAAUAUAUAAGAUCGGAAGACACACUAUUUUAAAAAUUGUAUAGAUAAUAAGUAAUUAUUAGAUAAGUAAUUAAUUCAAAUGAAAUUAACAAAUUUUGAUUUCUGAAAAUGUACUUGAGUGUUGAGUCUUAUUCUUAUAGAAUUGUCUUCUUUGAUUAUUCAGAAGUGUGAGAAGCAUAUUUCUUCAUUUACGUUUGACCAUAACGCAACCCACC